AUGAACGCAUACGCCGUAGUUUUUGCUCUUGGAGCUCUAGCUUGUGCCAGCGCUGGCGUUAUCUCCACAUCUUAUGGAUACGUCACCCCUGGUCUAGUUUCCGCUCACGGAGUAGUCUCACCGUAUGCCGUUCCCUACAUCGCCUCCCCCUACCUAUCAACCCCCUACGCUGCUGUCCUGCCAGCCGGUAAUGGACUCGAAGGCCAGUACGUCCCUGACAACCUCGAGAGGCUCUACGACGAUGGUUCCUACAAGCCCGAAGUCCGCGCCCUACCUCUGGCCGCCAGCCCCUACGGAUUGGUACCCGCUGGUUCGGGACUCGAAGGUCAAUACGUCCAGGACAACCUCGAGAAGUUGUACGAUGAUGGUUCCUACAGGCCCGAAGUCCGCGCCUUGCCAUUGGCUGCCAGUCCCUACGGAUUGGUACCAGCUGGAUCUGGACAUGAGGGUGCCUAUGUUCAUGACAAUAGCGAGCAUUUGUUCGAUGAUGGUUCCUACAGGCCCGAACUCCACCAUUAG